AUGCCCCCGAAAUGCGAGCCGCUGUGCUGCUUCAGUGAUAGGUUAUAUUUCACUACAUUCCCUCAUCCUGCGCCGAAUCCCGGGACUCUAAAUCGCCUCGCAGCAGAUGCGAAUUAUAGACCGCGCGUCAGGCCGAGACCGAGAGGCUUUCCCGCCACUUCACCCGAUGAAGAAGCAUCCUACUAUUAUUUCACAAUUGACGACCAGUUGCUUUAUCUUUCGUUCUUUCAAGAUUGGGGCCCUCUUAAUAUUGCCAUGGUCUACAAGGCGUGCAUCUUGUUACACGAAUUGCUCGAGGAUAAGGACCUCUCCGCGCACCGACUGGUGUUAUACUCGUCCAGUGACCCGAGAAGAAAAGCAAAUGCCGCCCUUCUGAUGGCCCUCUACUCCAUGAUUGUCCAACGUCGUGCGCCUUGGGAAGCCUUUCACCCGAUCGCAGAAGUUGAAUUUAUGCCAUUUAGAGACGCAGGUCGGGGUCCAUCAGAUUUCAACCUCAAUAUUCAAGACUGCCUAUGGGGAAUUUGGAAAGCUAUGCAGAACGGACUGUGUGACAUGAAUGAGUUCGACAUUGACGAUUAUGAGUACUAUGAAAAGGUCGAGAAUGGUGAUUGGAACUGGAUUACGCCCAACUUUAUCGCGUUUGCCUCGCCUGUGGAUCAAAAUUGGAUCAAACGCCAGAAAGAAGCAGCAAAGGAUCCAGCAUCGCCCUCUGCUUUAGCGUCGUCUACCAACAGCAAUCUCGCACUACAAGGCAAACUUCCAACACCAUUCCUCAAUUGCCUCGACUACUUUGAGAAACGCAACAUUAAGAUGGUAGUGCGUUUGAAUAACCAAUUAUAUGAUCGCACAACCUUUCUAGACAGAGGCAUCGACCAUAUGGAACUCUAUUUCGAUGAUGGAACCAAUCCUACAGAUGAGAUUGUCAGAACUUUCCUAGAUGUUGCAGACCGAGUGAUAGAAGACGGAGGUGUUGUUGCUGUUCAUUGUAAAGCAGGACUAGGUCGUACAGCUACUCUUAUUGGAGCUUAUCUCGUGUGGAAAUACGGUUUCACGGCGAACGAGGCUAUCGCAUUUAUGAGGAUCGUACGACCAGGCAGUGUCGUGGGCCCUCAACAGCAGUAUCUAUAUCUGAAGCAGCUAGAAUGGUCAAAAUGGGCUGCGAUGGAUGAAGCACGUAAGAUCCAAUCAGCAGCGGCUGCAGCUACACCACCGACGAUUACUCUUGUCACCCCUGCCACUCCACCUGCGGAUAUAGAUGAAGAACAACUUCCUCGACCUACGACUCCCACGGGAUCUGCCAUGCCUCUUCCACCAGUUACACCCAGUCGCCAUGUUGCAGCAGCAGCAGCAAGGGCCAGGGAAAUCGCUCCUCCCGGUCAACCGCGCAAAACCCCCAACGCAAAACGCUCCGCUCCUGCACAUGAUUCCGACGAUGAAGACGAUCCUCUGGGUAUUCGUUCUGACUCUGACUCUGAUGAAAUGAACGACAUCCUUCCUUCACUACAUACUAUUGUUCCUGCUCCGUCUGCGAGACUUCGUGCUCGUGCGGGAUCAACAUCCAAAACGACUGGAAAGAUCAAAGCGGGAGUCGUUUCCCGUGGUGUUACGGCAUCAGAGCAGCGUCCAACGAGAGUGACACGUUCAACUGCUGGAGCUGCCGUUAUUCGAAAGGCCGGUACAACAAGUACUGGGGCUGCAGUUAAGCCAGGUGCCGCUGGUAGGUCUGUCGUUGCGUCCCCUACAAAGCCUACUACGGGGCAGAGACCCAAUAAAAUUCCCCGGUUGGCCAUGGGCAAGUCGACAGUUAGUUUAGCAGCCAAGGCUGCUGCUGCCAAAGAGGUUCCGAAACCAAUCUUACCACGAAUUGCGGUAGCAACGCGUUCUAAAUUGAACCCUGCUCCCUCUCCAACACCUUCACGUCUUCCAACCCUUGUUCCAGCCCGAGGCCGAUUAGCUACACAUCAUUCGAAUUCAACAAGUGAUGCGGCUGCGGCCGCGCUUUUGCAUAGCAAGAAAAGUCCCGCAGCAACCGACCUGAAAACGAAAGAAAGUGCUGACGCUCCUGCAUGGAUGGCAACCGGAAAAGCCGCCGGGGUAGUGGUCACUAGUGGGACCGGGAACAAGAGCGAGUCGAGGCCUGGCUUGCGGAGUAGUGUGAGGAGGAGAAGAAGUAGUUUCAGUUCGGCGGAUGUUGUUGCAUAA